AUGUCUCCCCUAGAGAUCGUUCAAACGUUUGUUCGUGAAGAGGCCUAUGUGCAACAAGCGCUUGAGAAAUCCACGCCGGCGAUCGCGAGGGCAUUGGAACUUAUUUCAGCACGCAUAAAUGCAGGUGGACGCAUGUUUUAUGUUGGUGCAGGAACGAGUGGGAGGCUGGGUGUCCUUGAUGCAAGUGAAAUCCCGCCGACUUUCGGUGAAAGCCCGAACACAUUCCAAGGAAUUAUCGCCGGUGGUUUGAGGGCCUUACACCGAAGCGUGGAAGACGCGGAAGACAGUGCAGAAGCAGGUGCUGCAGCCUUGCGGGCAAGAGGUGUAUCUUCUUCUGACGUAGUUUGCGGAAUCGGCGCUAGCGGUCGCACCCCAUUCGUCAUUGGCGCACUGCGGGAGGCACACACAUUGGGAUGCGUCACCGUAUUCAUCACAUGCAAUCCAGCUCGAGAUAGAACCGACUUUCCCUGCGACGUGGACAUAGACUUGGACACUGGUCCAGAG